UCCUGGAUUUAUAUUGGUCAGUGAUAUAAGAACAAGCAAUUAAAGUAAUUGUGUGCUUUCGUAAUAUUACUAACCUGCAACUAAGCAAAUGUAACAGUCUGGUGAUUCAAUGAAUUGUAGCGCUUACUCGGUGGGAACCUUUGUUACAGGGAGAUGGGGUCUGGUAGGAAGAUGUUGGAGAGCGGGAUUCUGGGAAGAGCGGAGUUCGUUGUACCGGAUGUGUGAUUUUCAAUAAAGUGUGUUCAUUUAGAAGUAAUACACAGUGUGAGUCUAAUCGUUUGUGGAAACCCCAUAAUUUAUAACACUGCUUGUACGAGAGCAGCCUGUUUCCUGUUUGUGUGUGAAUACAUCAUGUAGUCAAAUGUUUCCGCAUUUUCUGAAACAUUAUCACCUACCGAGCAGAACCCCAUUUGAUACUGCGACAGUUUAAAGAUGGAAUCAGUCCCGAUUAAAGAGGAGCUCCCUAAACUUGAACUGGUCCCCAUUAGACUGGAGUUCUCUGGACUGUCUUCCCUCCCCAUUAAACAGAAGCUCUGUGAGAUGCCAUCUGACAGCAUCAAGUCGGAGGUGUCUGGGAUUAAAGCUGAGCGCAAUGAAUUGGAGAUCUCCCAGACAGAAGAACCCCUUCCUGUGAAUGAAGAGGUGCUGGAAAUGUUACCAAGCAGAACCACGUUUGAUGCCUUGGACAAUGUGAAGAUGGAAUCUGUCCCGAUUAAAGAGGAGCUCCCUAAACUUGAACUGGUCCCCAUUAGACUGGAGUUCACUGGACUGGCUUCCCUCCCCAUUAAACAGGAGCUCUGUGAGACGCCCUGUGACAGCAUCAAGCCAGUGGUGUCUGGAAUUAAAGCUGAGCGCAACGAACUGGAGAUCUCCCAGACAGAAGAACCAGUUCCUAUGAAAGAAGAGGUGCUGGAAAUGGUGCGUAUUAAACUGGAGCCCCUGAAAGAGGAGGUACUCUUGAAACCAGGGAAGGAAGAAUCCGAAGACUUGAAAGCAGCCCCCACUGAGCUGGGUCCGGUACACCUGCGGGAGUGUAGCGUGGUGCUGGAAAGAAUCUAUGUGAGAAAGCAAGGCUCUGGAGAGGAAGGCUCUCCCAACAGCACGCAAGGAGGUGGACAGGACGACGAGAGCUCACAUUCAGAGUGCAGUCCAGCAGGUGAGUGACUGACUAGCUGUGACAUUGUCAUUCUACACUGAGUGAUGGCCACAAUGUGACUGAGAGGCUGAGAACAGAUAGCAGGGCUCCACAUUAGCAUCCAGGUUCAUUUUGCAUACUU